AUGGACACCAGCGAGGAUAUCCAAGAUGUCUCUCAUCGGAUGGAGAAGCUGGACUUCAAUCAUCCAUUUACCCCUUACGAUGUCCAGGAGCAGUUCAUGAAAGCAGUGUACAACGUCCUAGAAACGGGAGAUGGCCAAAUCGGCAUUCUUGAAAGCCCCACGGGAACGGGGAAAUCAUUGUCCUUGAUCUGCGCGUCUCUGACAUGGCUGCGGCAUCAUAAGUCACACAGCCAUGAAGUUGAGCUGAAAAGCGCGGUCGAGGCCCACAAGGAUGAGCCAGAGUGGAUUGUGGAACAACUUCUGCGUCAGAAACGAGACGAACUUGCAAAGAGAUGGCAAGAGCGUGAAGAACGCCUCGAGGCUGCAAGGCGCAAAGAAAAGGCCCAAGAAGACCGAGCCCGGAAGCGGCGGCGAGUUGAUGAGGUAAGAUCACAGAAACGGGCCAUUGAUGAAGAUGAUGAGUUCCUGCUUGAUGUCCAGGGUGAUGAUGCGGCGUCACACGGCUCCGGUGAUGCCCAGUCUGGACUGAGCAAGGAGGCGCGAGAAGUUCUUGCCAGGUUUGGUCUCGGCAUUCCCAAAAAGAACCAUGGGAACGAAGAAAUCGACCUCUUUGAAGAAGGAGUCAAGAUCUAUUACACUUCAAGAACGCAUUCCCAGCUGUCCCAAUUCAUCACCGAGCUUCGCCGACCGCAGUUUCCCUCGUCACUCCCAGGGGCCAUGCUCCAGACACAGGGCCAGCCGAGCAAAGAAGCCGUCAAAUUGCUACCGCUCUCAUCCCGCCAGAAGCUAUGCAUCAACCCAUCAGUCUCUCGAUUGGGGUCGGUACAGGCGAUCAAUGAUCGCUGCGCAGAUUUACAGCAAGCCAAAUCGAGUACAAGGUGCCCGUUCGUUCCGAAGGAGGAGCUCUUGACGCAGACUCAUGAAUUUCGAGACGCUGCCCUUGCAUCUCUGCCCGACAUUGAAGACUUACACCAGCUGGGCAAAUCGCUCUCGGUUUGCCCAUACUAUGCAUCACGCACGGCGCUUUCCGGUGCGGAAAUCGUUACGCUCCCGUAUCCCCUGCUGUUGCAGCAGAGCGCCAGAGAAGCCCUUGGCAUUAAGCUUGAAGGGAGUGUAGUCAUUGUUGAUGAGGCUCACAACAUAAUGGACGCUAUCGCCGGUGUACACUCGGCGGAAAUCCGACUGAGCGACCUAAAAAGAGCUAAAGGAAUGCUCGGCGUUUAUGUUAGAAAAUUUGGAAAGAAGCUCAAAGGCGAAAACCGAGUCAACGUCGGGCGAGUGGGCAGAAUAAUUGAGGGUCUUUCGGAGUGGAUGCAGGCGGCAUUGAGCUUCAAGAAUGAGGAUGGGAUUGUCGAAUCGAACGAUCUCCUCAGACGAAAGGGAAUUGACCAAAUCAACAUGUUCGAGCUUAUACGAUACAUAUCAGAUUCGAAGCUCGCAUUCAAGAUCGAAAGCUACGUCGCCCACGUGGAAAGCGAGAAUGAGCCAGGAGCUGUGACAAAGACCGGCAGUACCCCAGUAUUGCACACACUGGCCUCUUUUCUUGUUGCUUUGACCAAUCUCAGCUCUGAGGGCCGGAUAUUCUACCAGAAGAUGGCCGGACCAUCACCAGAUAUCCAGCUCUCCUACCUUCUACUGUCGCCAACUCACGCCUUUUCAUCCGUUGCGUCUUCGGCAAGAGCGGUGAUUCUCGCAGGAGGCACCAUGUCUCCCUUUGAAGACUACAAGGACCAUUUAUUUCCAACUCUUUCCACCUCAAAGAUCACGACACUGAGCUGUGGGCACGUUAUUCCGAAGGAGAACCUUUGCGUGUGGACGCUGGGCACAGUACGACCUGGGGCUCCUCAGUUUGAGUUCAGUUACCAGCGACGCAGAGAUCCAGAAAUGAUCACGCAAUUAGGUAUGGCUGUUUUAAAUGUCUGCUCCAUUGUCCCUGAUGGCGUAGUCGUCUUCUUUCCCAGUUAUGGGUAUCUUGAUGAAGUCGUCGCGGCCUGGGAGCAAAACCAAAGUGCGAACUCUCAGUCGAUAUGGGCCCGCCUCCAGGGGCGAAAAGCGGUCUUCCGUGAGACCAAGGGUGGCUCGAGCGAUCAGGUCUUGAAUGACUAUACGCAAGCCAUCCAGGGCGAGCAGAGCAACGGGAAAGGAGCACUGCUACUAAGUGUUGUGGGAGGAAAGAUGUCUGAAGGCAUCAACUUUUCGGACAGGCUCGGACGCUGCGUCAUGGUAGUCGGGCUCCCUUACCCAAACAUAGCCUCGCCAGAGUGGAAGGCCAAACUUGAAUACAUCGAAACAACAGUCUUUACUCGGUUGACUAAUUCGAAUGGGGAGGAUAAUGGCCACGGACAAUCAGCAGGCCAGCGUAAUAAAGCUGUCAGCCAGGAGGAAGCAAGGGCGCAAGCGAAGCAGGCGAGUCGGGACUUUUACGAGAACGCAUGCAUGCGCGCCGUGAACCAGAGCAUCGGGCGAGCGAUUCGGCACCGGGGCGACUACGCAGCCAUUGUCCUGGUGGAUCGGAGGUUCGGAACGGAGAGGAUUCGAGGAAAGCUGCCGGGGUGGAUCCAGAAUGGUAUGCAAGCAGGCGGAGGGGAUGAGAAGGGAAUGGCGGGCUUGAUGGGCGCCCUGGGUGGUUUCUUUAGGGGAAGACAGCAGACAGGGAAAAGCUGA